GUAACUUGUUGAACUAAAAAACGUAAGAAAUUGAAGCUUGCUCAAAGUAAAUUGGAACUCGAAAUGUUAAACACUUUUCUAGGGAGAAGACAAAAGACAGAAAGAGUAAAAGAAAGAUGAAGAUUAGGAUGAUGAUGAUGAUGAAGCCAAGAACGUAACUUCACCAUAAGAAUCAUUUCAUGUUAUUCAUUUCAUCAACUCACGUGGUUAUCUUUUGCUUAUUGCCAUUCAACUUACAACUUUCACUUUUUCAACUCUUUUCAUUUUACCCUUUCAUUUACCAUUUGUAAAUAUUGUUUAAAUGUGAUGACAAUCAUGUUAACUAUUGAAGGGAAACAACAUUAAUUUUGAUUGUUGACCAGUGUAAAUUACUGGUAAGCCUUAAAGUUGCACCUUAAACCAUUAACCAGUAAAAAACAAAAAUACAGUGAAAACAAAAGUAACCUCGUUUGAUACUCAACAGUGAAUCAACAUUGGAUUAGCAUCUUGAUUGCGUCAAAUUUUUGUAAUGUGAUUAUUUCAUCCAUGUUUACAUUAACUAUUGGAUCUAAUUUAAUUAAACAUUAAUUGAAAAGUUGAUCAGUGAAAAUGUUAACUAUGUUAUUUAAUCCAAUUCAUUCUGGUCCUCAUAGCCAGGUAAACAUGGAAACUUGUUCAGAAAAUGGUGAAUUGACUUUAAACACAAAGCAACCACGUUGGUCACCUUCGCCAGUUGAUUUAACAGUUAAUACUUCAAUUACACCUCCUCAUCUACUUGGUUCAUUACCUUCUUCCCUUUCACCUGGACCUUUCUCAAUGAAAAGCAUGAUGAAUGGUAACACCAAUAACGGUAAUUCAAUUUCAUCCAACAACAACAAUAGUAAUAAUAGCAACAAUCAUAAUGGGAGCAACAAUUUAUCUUCAUCAACAAAUGGAUUAAAUCCAACAAGUCCUUUAUUUUCAUCUCGCAAGCAAAGGGAAUUUAUUCCAGAUUCAAAGAAAGAUGAUUGUUAUUGGGAUCGACGUCGACGCAACAACGAAGCAGCUAAAAGAUCUCGUGAAAAACGACGAAUCUCUGACAUGGUUUUGGAAACUCGAGUUCUUGAGUUAACCCGGGAAAAUGCAUUUCUUAAAGCUGAACUUUGUGCAAUCAAAGAAAAAUUUGGUCUUCCUUCAAAUCAACAUUUUGUCGACCCUGACGCUGUAUCAAUAUCAAUGCCUGAAAACGGUUGCCGAGGUCGACGGAAUAAGCUAUUAAACUCUAUCAUGAGCGGAAAUGGUUAUUCAGGUGAAAAUGAAUUAAAUGGCCUUCCAAUGAUGCCGUCAACUGCUUCAUCACCCUCGUCAUCGUCCUCCUCACUCUAUGAAGGAAUCGUAUCCAAUGGAUGUUUAACCAGUCCAAUAUCAACCUCAACAAUAUCAACCACUUCACCUUCAUCAGCACCAUUACCUUCAUCAACCACAACCUCAAACAAUCAUCCAUUAAGCCACAACUCGCCGCCUCACCAUCACCAUCUUGUUCACCAUCAUUCACCAACUUCACCAACAAGCAACGGAUUAUUUACCAGCGGACCUUUUAAAACUAACCGAUCAUCUUCACCAACCUCAAAUGGCCUAUCAAGCAGCGAUCACUCUAACCACAAAUAUCACUCUCAUCAUCGCCAUUCACUUUCAUUUGCCACAUCUUCAAUGAUACCCGGAAUUAAUUCAUGUUUACCUCACAAGUUGCGCCAUAAGGCUCGUACAACGGUGAAUGACAGUGAUUCAGGAAGUGAUACUAACGGAAACGGAGUCGAUUGUUCAUUAAGUGAUAAAUUAUCAGCUGGUGGAAUUGAUGUGGCCCUGGCUUCCUCCCUUGAAUCAAACCUUCAAACGGAAAAUUUCACCUUAAGAAGGGAACUGGAAAGGCUUGCCAAUGAAGUUGAUUCAUUGAAAAGUUACAUUAAACCAACCAAUGGUUCCCCUGUCAACUCAGCUUUAUCCUCAUUAACUUCCUCAUCAACCUCAUCUUCAACCUCUUCUUCACCCUCUUCAUCCAUUAAUCCCGGUCAUACCACGCAUAACAACAAAACCAAUGGUAAUGACCAUUCGUCAAUAGGAUCACCUAGUAAUACCAAUGAACACUGUGAUGAUUAUAAUGAUGAAAAUAUUACAGAUAAUUGCAGUGAUUAAAAACGUUUUAAAGCUUAUUUAUGACAAUAGACACAUUUAAUGACCUUUAAGGUCAAUUGUUUUUUUUGGUUCUCCGCUCAAUCGUUAUUGAUGUUUCAACAAAGGUUUUCUUGUGCCUUUCAAGUCACUUAAUUUACCUCUUUUGGUCACCUCGAUUCCCACCAGGAUUUAGUGUCAUCAUCAUCAUCAUCAUCUUAGUUUAAACAAUUUAAAAAUUAUUCUACUUUUGACAACAAAUUUUCAAUAACAUACAAUGUUUCAUAACUAUUGAUACGUUAAUCUCGAUGAUCCAGAUAUUCAUCAUAAUCACCAUGAUAUUAGUUUCUUGAUGUUUACAUAAGACAAUCAAACUGAAAGGGAAAUAUUAUCAUUAAAAUACAUCAAUAUUGCCGUAAAUUUAUGAUAAACAUACAAAAAUGAGGAAAUUUUAAAAGCUUCUUACAUUUGUUGGAUUUAUUAUGAAAGAUUCAAAUAUAAUAUAUCAAGACGUUCAUCUUGGUUGAUAGACUGAAAGGACUUGGAGGUGACUUGAUUAAUAAGCUUAUUAUUAUUAUACUGUUGUUAAUUGUUAAUUACCUUGAUGGUGAAAAAACUGAUUACGUCCAUAAUAUUGUGCCAAAAAAUACAAUACAAAAAAGCCAAAAUAAUUACUAAAAAAAUCACAAAAUGACAAAAAUUAUCUUCAAUCAUCUUUCAAUCCUUCAUCUUAUUUUCUGGGAUUAAACUGGAUUUACAGGCAACAAUUUAUAAAUUUUACUUUACCGAUUUAUUUUACAAUAAAAAAUGGAUAAAUUUCUGUUCAAUUAGAUUUGAUUCCUUCACUCUAUCAAUCUGUAAUUUCAAAUUCUUGUUAUUGUUUUUUUCCCAAUCAACAACAGAAGACAUCCAACAUUUUAUCAUCACCAAUCAAAUAUAUUAUUAUAA